AUGAAUGCAAAAUCCGCCGAAAAUCGAUGGCGUCUCCUUCGAAACUACGUUAUGAAACCUAGUGAUACCGCAAAUACGAACCUCAACUGCCUUUCCUCCGCCAAUGUCUUUGGGCUCUUUGAAAUCACUCGCUUUGAAGAAGUGGCCACAGCUGUUGUUUGGCAACUUUCUCCGCGAACUUCUUCAGCAUCACAGCCACUACCAUCUCUUCUUCUCGGUAUUCCAAAGUCCCUCCCGCGUUCAUGUAACUUAAAAGAUCUAGUGGGUUUUGAUCGCACAGGUGUUGCGGUUUUAUUGUGGCCGUGCGAGCUUCUCCUUGCCCACAUCUUCUUGAAUCCCCUGGAUGUGUCUCACCACGUCCAAUUCCCAUCUCCCUGUCGACGCGCUGUGGAAUUAGCUGCCGGAAGUCUGGGGGUUGGUGGUCUUGCGAUGGCCGCAACCUACACCACGUUGGAGUACCUUGCCUUGACUGAUGGUAAUGAGGAGUGCGUUCGAAGCCUGGAAAGCGUUCUGAGAGCCAGCUGUCGUAACCGCACUCCAAAGAUGGAGGCUGUGUUUCUUCGGUGGUCGGAAACCAUUGACAAGGAACCUUACCUUCCGGAAGGUCACGAGGACUGGCGUCACUCUUUCGAUAUGGUAAUCGCCGCGGACUGUUUCUUUGCUUUUCACACCUCCUCCACUCAUGGGGGGCUUCUUUGCUGCAUUGACUAUCUGCUCUCCACCAGUUCGGGCUCCAUAUUUCUCGCACUGGCGCCCCGACGUGGUACCACAUUGGGGAAUUUCGUGGGCCUAGCCUCUUCCCUUGAGAUGUGCGAACGAUUUCACUUUAAAGUGUGUCUUCUGCAGCCAAGCUUAGUCUUUCCUGGUCUCGCUGGCGACUCGGAAAAGAUGAUUCCCCACUUGAAGGGCUUGGAACUAGUGGCACGGUCCAUGAGUCAGCCCGCUGGGAGGAUGCGCAAUGACGGCACUUCUAAUUGGCCCGUUAUUAAACCGAAAGUUAAACAAUUAACGUACUAUAUGACCCCUCUCCUUUUGAGCGUCAUCUACGGCAAUGCUCUUGGUCGACCUUCCGCGUCAGCUAUCACGACGAACUCUAUUGAGGGGACAGGAAAAUACGCCGGCCAACAAUUGGGUCAAGUACCAGUGGAACACUGGCUCACCAGCAGUCACUUGCGUCUAUUCCCCCUGGCGACUUUUGCCCAGUUCAGUGCUGCCUCCGUAAUGAACUUUUCCAGACGGUGUACGGCUAAGCAUAGUGUUGCUUUAGAUUUUAGCAGCGUUCUUGCGAACUACGGGACCGUGGCCUGCACGCAGUUUUGGUUCAGGCAACUGUGCUGCUCACUUUGUGAUACGGUGGAGCUGGUUAUGGAUCCGUUAUUGCGCACAGGGCGUGAGAACGCAUUUCCCUUGCCUUCACCGCGUAUUCUGCAACUUAAAUGGGGCUCUCUUGUGGUGGAGAAGGUUGAUAAGGCGACAGGAUGUCUCAAAACCUCGGAGACACUCAAAUACAGAGAUGCAAAGCUUUGGCCAGGUGGCAGCCAGUCCUGGGAUUGGAAGAAGCAUGGAACAAGCCAUCGACGAGGCAUAGCCCUGGAGGAUGUUAUCGAUGUCUACGACUCGGGAGCGGAAACUAUCGUUCUCAGUAUGGGCAAGAUGUCCUGGCUUCAUGUUCCCCACUUUGUUAUAACCGAAGUUGAAAAUGAUGGCCACACUGUGAUUGUUAAGCCGACACAAGUCGCUAUGGAGAUAUACAAUAAAUUGGCAGAGUGUGGACACCCCGUUGCAGGCCUAUUCCAUACAACCUGCUAA